UUCAUCAUUGUUUGGUCUUGAUAAUCUAAUAGUAAAACGUGAAUUGGAAAGAAUUCACAAGGCCUCUUUACGAUGUCAAGUUACUGAAUGGAAUGAUCUAGAAAUUAUGAAAAAAUUUUUUUAUAAACAUUUGUAUCAGAAUAUUGCUACUACGAAUUUGUCAUGGUAUCAAUUUUUUGUCAAUUGGAAAACACAAAAAAGUAAUAUUAUUGAACUUACUAAUGCCUUGAAGAAAAUAUAUCCUUCUAAUUUCACUGUAGAUGAUCGGAUCUUGCGAAAUUGGCGAGCAAUGCUACGAGCAGUUGGAUGUACAAAUAUCACGCCAUUUUCAAAACAAGAAUCAAAGCUUGAAUUUUGGUCGUCGGCUAUAGAUCCUUUACCUGAUAAGGAAACUAUAGAAAAUUUGUAUAAAGCGGGAUUAUUAAAUCUUGGACUAAUUAUUCAAUCACAAAAGAAUGAAAAAUCAGAAACUAGUACUGAGUUAAAGUUUUGGCGAAGCUUUGAACAAGCCUUGGAUCAAAAUAAACGGGGUCUAAAUGGAUGUUCCAUUAUUGAAAAACCUGUGAUCAAAAGAUCACGCAUUUCAAAUAUUCAAGACGCGCAAUUCUUGGCCUUUUUUGAUGAUAAGAAUAAUGUUAGUAUGAGUUCAUACGCAGUCGACAAAAAAACAGGAUUACCUUUAUUAUAUUUAAAAGAUAACAAAGAAGCAUUAUGGAAUAAGUUCAAAGAAAAAUAUUCUAGUGGAAUUAAACGAAACUCGUUUAUGGCACGAUUAGCCAAUGACGAACGUCGAAGAAAAGCGGCUUCAAAAACAUUACGCCGUCAUUUACGUAAAGAAUUUGAAAAAGAACUUACGAUCAAUAAUCAUGGUACUACACAUCAUGUAGAAUGCAUCAAUCAUUGUUUGAUGUAUGCUUUUG